AUGGCGAAGGCGGGAAGGUACCAAAGGCUUAGCCCGGACUGCCUCCCCCUCGGCAACGGCGGCGGCGGUGGCGGAGGCGCCGUGCCCCGGAAGCAGGCGUCCAGAUCCUCCAUUAGAGAUGACGACGCCCUGGCCGUGGCCACGGAUGGCUCCCGCCUCGCCUCGUACCUCGCGGCCUCCCCGCACGAGUCCAAGCCGCUGCGCGCCCGCGCGCCGCAGCCGGCGCCUCUUUCUUCGGCGACGGCCGGCCGGAGCCCAGCGCGCGAGCACGCGCACCACCACACCUCCGACUCCUCCGACACCGCCUCCCCGAGCUCCACCGGCGGCGGCGGCGGCGCCGUCGUCGGCGACGUGCUGCUGCAGUGGGGGCACAACAAGCGGUCGCGCUGCCGGCGCGACUCGGCCACCGCCGCGCCGUCCGCGCAGCGCCGGCAGUCUGCCGUCGGCGGUGGCGGGGUCAAGAUCCAGCGGCGCGCGUCGGCGCCCGCGGAGAAGCUCAUGCCGCCGCCGCCGACCGCCGCCGGUUCCUACACUCGCGGGUCCAACCUGCGGUCGGCAUCCUCCUUCCCGUCCCGCGCCUCUGCCUCCGCCUACGCCUACGCCGCUGCCGCCGGCAGCCACCACCCGCCCCACCACCACCACAGGCACAGACAGCAGGGGCAGGAGCUCUUUGCUCAUAUUGCAUCCACCUUUGUUGAGGGUAGGAUUGGAGCCUCAAGUCUCUGGCCUGUCGAGGAGCGAUCGGCGCAGAAGCGGCCGUCGCCGGACAAGGGGCACAAGUCCUCCGCCAUGGACGCCGUCCUGCACAUGGAAUCCAAGAACUAUCACCACCACCACCACGACUCGCCGUUGACCAGCAACGGCGCCGCCACCGCGGGCGUGGAGCGGUUCGAGCUGCCGCGGAUCUACAUCUCGCUGUCGCGAAAGGAGAAGGAGGACGAUUUCCUUGCGAUGAAGGGCACCAAGCUGCCCCAGCGGCCCAAGAAGAGGGCCAAGAACGUGGACAAGACCCUCCAAUUUGUCUUCCCGGGGAUGUGGUUGUCAGAUUUAACGAAAGGCCGGUACGAAGUGCGGGAGAAGAAAUGCGUGAAGAAGAAGAGAAGAGGGCUGAAAGGGAUGGAGAGCAUGGACAGCGACUCGGAGUGA